AUGGCGACCAUACGCCCAAUGAACGCGAUGGAUCUCCUCAACUUCAAUCCUUGCAACCUCGACCAUCUCACAGAAACGUACAACAUCGGCUUCUACCUCGAAUACUUCACCAAAUGGCCCCGCCUCUGCAAAGUAAUCGAGGGACCAACCGGACAGAUCGAAGCUUACAGUACGUACGGGAGAAAAACCUCCAGACAAGAGGAGCACGAGCGAGAUUUCCUUUCCUGAUCAAUCGUCCGUCAAGUUUUUUAGUCAUGGGCAAAGUCGAAUCCUCGCCCUUUCCCGCCCCCGUCGAGCCCUACGACCCGGGCCUGACGAUCUAUCGCAAGAAAUUCCCAAAUUACCUGCCCUGGCAUGCGCACAUCACCUGUCUCACUGUCUCUCCGGCCGCUCGACGCCUCGGCUACGCAACGAAGCUAUCCGAAGCGGUCGAGAGAGUCGGUGAUGACGAAAACGCCUGGUUCGUGGACCUGUUCGUGCGAGUGGAGAACGAGGCCGCGAUCAAGCUCUACAAGAAGAUGGGGUGAGUUCUGCUGGAUUUUCUGUUCACCACGCUCGCCAGCAGUGUAUCCCUGCUGCUGCUGCUGCUGCUUGUCGCGGGGAGAUGUAACGUGAAUACUGACUACUCCAUCUGCGAUUUAGAUACUCCGUCUACCGGAGAAUCACGGAUUAUUACAAUGACGGCAGCGAUGCGUAUGAUAUGCGCAAGCCGUUAAGCAGGGACAAGCAACGCAAGACGGUGAGGGCUAAUGGGGAGAGUAUCAAAGUCGACCCGUCAGAGGUCUGGUGA